AUGUCUUCCCAGCAGCAGCAGCAGCAGUAGUGCCUGCCCCAGAUGAUCCAAUAGCAGCAGGUAAAGCAACCCUGUCAGCCACCCCAUGUCAAAUGUCAAGAGGCGUGUGCACCUAAAACCAAGGAUCCAUGUGCUCCCCAGGCCAAGAAGCAAUGCCCACCUAAGGACACAGCAAUCUACACCCAGCAGAAGUGUCCUGCAUCCCAGCAAGCCCCCAAGAAUAAAUAGAAGUGAGAGUGGACUGAGAUAUACCUGCCUGCCAACCAGGCUACCAGAUGCAGCCUUCUCUUCCUCCUGCUCCUUCUCUGAUCCUCAGCUCAAGGAUUGGCCCUCCUCUCCCACCUUCUCCUACUCAGGGUCCAAGGAAGCAUUGUCAGGAUUUCUUCGCAUGGAACCCCUUGUCUCACACAUCCCGUUGCUCCCGAUAUUCUUCUAUUCCCCACUCUGACUCUCUCCUAGAUGAACAUGAGUGAGGUCCCAGCUUCUCCAGCUUCCAGUUUGGCCACAGCUAUGGCCCAUCCAUGUCCUAAAGCAAGAAAUAUAUCUGGGCUGGUUCUAGGGCUUCCACAUUGACUCAUGGGGACACCAGAGGCUGAUGCAUAGCUUCUGUCUCAUUCCCUUUCCCAAUUCCCCAUCCCUGAGCUUCUCUCCUAUUUCUUCCUCUAAUAAAUCUGUGCUUCA